AUGAGCGAGAUUCCCCAGCGGUUCACCGGCCAGGCGGCCAUGGAGAAGCAGAACGAGGAGAAUUUCGAUCUCAAGGAGUGGGCGUACACUCCCCGUGCGUUCACCGAGGACGACGUCGUGAUCAAGGUCGAGUGCUGCGGUAUCUGCGGAUCCGACCUGCACACCAUUACUUGCGGCUGGUCGCCCCGUGUGGCCUUCCCCGCCAUUGUUGGGCACGAGAUCGUCGGCAAGGUCAUCCGCGCCGGCAGCAAGUCGGGGCACAAGCUCGGCGACAGGGUCGGUUUCGGCGCGCAGUGCAACUCGUGCCGCAAGUGUCCCAAUUGCGCUCGCGGGUUGGAGAACUACUGUCUCUUCGGCAACGUCGGCACUUACCAGGGCAAGACAGGAGACAAGACGCAGCCGGUCACGCAGGGCGGCUACGCCGAUUUCUACCAGGGCCCUGGACAUUUUGCGAUCCCGAUUCCCGACGCAAUUGAGCCCGAGGUCGCCGCGCCCAUGCUCUGUGCUGGCGUCACGGUGUACAGCCCUCUGAAGAACUAUGGCGCCGGACCGGGGAAGAGGGUCGGUAUCGUUGGCAUUGGAGGACUGGGGCACCUCGCGCUCCAGUUCUCCAAGGCUCUGGGUGCUGAGACAUGGGCUAUCUCGCACAGUGAGAGGAAGAAGGACGAUGCCCUCAAGCUCGGUGCUGUCGGCUUCAUCGCUACUAAGGACGAGAAGAGCGUCCUGAAGAAGCACCUUGCCAGCUUCGACCUGCUCCUCGUUACGAGCAACCAGGACGACAUGCCCCUGCGCAAGCUGUACCUGCCCCUGCUCAAGCCGUACGGCAACUGCAUCAUGGUCGGUCUCCCUAACUCCGGUCUUCCGGCGCCCGGAGGCAGCCUGUUCGGCAAGAGCGUUAGUGCCUCGGGCAUCGGUUCUCCGCAAGAGCUCAAGGACAUGUUCGAUCUCGCCGUCCAGAAGAAUGUCCGGACCUGGAUCGAGAAGCGGCCAAUGGGCCAGGCAACCCAGGCCGUACAAGACAUGCACGAGGGCAAGGCGCGGUAUCGCUACGUCCUUGUCAAUGACGACCGUUCGAAACUCUGA